AUGCAAAUAGACACUGCAAAUAAAAAACGGGAUAUUGAAAAUCCGGUGAGAAAUGAGACAGUAGAAGUAGCUGUUCUGGGUGAAAUUAAUUUGGAGGGAGUUUCGCGGUCCACUGUACACAGAAUUCUGAAACAUAAUAAAUGGCACCCAUAUAAAAUUCAACUUUUUAAAGAAUUACAUGAAGGUGAUAACGACCGCCGCACGCGUCGAACAUUAAACUCGUCGUGUAAGUAUGAACCAAGUUAUGGCAGAAACCGUAGUAACUCUAUCAAUAAAAACGAUGAGGAUAAAAGCGCCACUUCAAUUAUUGCUUCAAAAUACGGUGGCGGGUAUUCGACAAACUACCAACGUGACACCGGUGCAUCGCGGGACUUAGGUCGAUCAGAAAAUCCAAGGAUCAAACCACUCUUAGAUAAAAAGGAUACACUUCAUCCACCUGUUUCUUAUCGACCUAUAUCAAGAACUGGGGCUAGAUCACGUGACCCAAGUCCUAUUGAUAAAUCUGAGAAGAGUUCGUCAUCAUCGAGCUACAAUUUAAGUAGAUUGUAUCCUUCUAGACCCUACACUAGAUCGGUUAGUCGAGAAAGGACCGAUUCUUCGAAUUCGACCACGACUAUUCCUAAAUUUACUGGAAGAGCUGUGUCUAAAGAUGAAGUUUCAAAGUAUUCCUCCAGAACAAAGGAAGAAAUACCGAAGUACAUGGGCAGAACAUCGAUUGGCAAAGAUGAACCACUUACUCGGUAUAAAACUUCCAGUAAAACAACUUCUAGAGAAGACCUUUCAGUACCUCAAAAAUACUCAAAUUCUCGAUACAAAGCUGCAGGACGUACAACAUCAAGGGAGGAUUUAUCAAACCCACAGAAAUAUAUUAAUAGUAGGUUUUUACCUAAGAAUGCAAUCGAAAAAAGUCAUACUGCCUACGUCAGGCCAACAAACCGUACUCAUGAAGUAAGUCAAAGAAAUAAGGAACUUCUUAGUGUUCUACAAGCUCAGCACGAACAUGAACGUCAUAGUAGGCCUUCUAGCAGAUGUUCUUCUGUCACACCAGACGAUCAUUAUCAAAAAGAUUUUUUAAAAGCACAGGCUUAUAAACCACAACCUAAAAAUGUAGAAAUGGAAACUGUAUUCGUUGUAACGAGAGGCACCUCCCCUACACCAACAUCGACCCAAACGAGUUUCCUAAGAAGUCGUAGAACAGAAGUGGCGAAAAUGGUAGAAAAAACAAUUACCAGGCCAAAAAUAAGACCAACUAUGGUGGACCAAGAGAUCCAAUCUGACAGAUUGGACGACUCAACUAAAUCAAGUAGAUUUGCAGGUGCAUCCAGAAUAUCAGCCACUCCGUGGUCAUCAUUCUUAGACAUGAAAUUUUCUAGUCCUUCCACCAAACAAAAAUCUUUAAAACAAAAUGAACAAUCUAGUCAAAAUAACUUUGAUAAAUCAGAUAAAACUAAUUGUGAUAGUCCCAAGAGUAUUUCUAGAGCCAGUUCAUCUAAAAGCUUAAGUCAGGGUUCGUCAAAAUCUGAAGGAAAAACAAAGGAAAAAAAAUCACCCUCCCCUCCAUUCAAAUCCAAACUUAUUCCACCGAAACAGGUGCAAACGACUGAUAAAAAACUGUUACCGCCACAAAUUCCAAAUACAAAUAAAAAUAACUCGAUACAUUCCCAAAACAUACAAAAUAAAGAUUUUCGUAAGUCCGUAUUAAAUAUGAAUCCCGAUAAGAAAAAGAAAUUAGGUAGAAGGAGCAAUUCUGCAAGUUCAGCAGAUUCUGAUCACUCAGUAGCAGAUGCGGAAGCCACAGACGUAUCUGAAAAUUUGGCCACAUGUAAAUCUUACCAUCCUUCAAUGGCUUCCAGAUUACCUCAAAAAAUUAACGAUCCAAGAAGUCGUCGAUCACCCAGCUCAGAUGCAAGUACAUCUAGUACCAGUGAGGAUGAUAUUAAAAAUAAAUUUAAAGGUCACCUUAGUGCUGGAUCUUCCCGUACUUCCAUGAUAUUAUCAUCUGCCGACGAGUUAUCACAGGAUAAAUUGCCCAAAUUAGCUAAUUUAAAAAUUAAAGACGCUAAACCUGAAACUGUGGAAGCUAAAUCAUUUUUAAUGAGGGCUUUAGCGCCAGUGACUAAUUUAUUUAAAGUUAAACAAGUUGAGUUACCCGAAAAAGCUGUUAUAUCUGAUAAUAAUUGCUCUGAAAAGGAAGAAUCCCCUGAAAAGACCAAACCAAGACUUGCAACUCUCAUUCUGACAAAAGUUGAAACUUCCGAAAAACCCUUGUGUUACAAUGAAAGUUCUGGCCAAUUUUCACACGAACCGUCAUCGCACUCAAACAGUACCAAUAAAUCACCAAAGCAAUUAAUACGCAUAGAUAAAAAUACAGGGUUACCCAUAAAAACAUUUAUGAGACAUGUGGAUUCCGGCGAUAUACCUUGGUGGUUAGACGAGAAAUCAGAAGUACCAGAAGGUGUGGAAACGUAUCCUAAUUGGGUGAGGGAAGAUGGAACAACAGAAGACGGCAAAAAAAUAUUUAAAAUAAGACAUAACGAAUCGGACGAGUCCAGUUGGUGGUUGGACAGCAGUGAAAAGUCAAAAUCUGAUCCCAAUCCAGCCAAUGUUACUUAUGUUCACGAAGACGGUGUGACCGAAGAUGGAAAAACAAUUUUUAAAGUCCGGCAUAAUGAUUCCGACGAGAGUAGUUGGUGGGUGGAUAGUGGUGAUAAGUCAAACAGUGAACUUCGUAGACUAAAUACUAUAGAUCAAGAAUACUUAGAUCAGAAUAAUAUAAGACCUAUAGAGGAUGGUGUAACUGAAGAUGGAAGGGUAAUCUAUAAAAUAAGACAUAAUGACUCGGAUGAAACAAGUUGGUGGGUGGAUAGUAGUGAUAAAUCAAAUAAUAAUUCUCAAAUGCAUCAAGAUUAUCAGGAAAAACAUAAAUUGCGGCAUAUUGAUUCUGGAGAAAGAGCUUGGUGGAUGAGUAGCUCAGAAAAUGUAUCUGAAAUGGUGCAACCUCAGGAGGAACAAGAAAACAAAUCUAAAUACGCUAUUCGACAUCAAGAUUUUGAUGAAAAACCAUGGUGGUUGAAUAAUAACGAAAUAAAUCAAUCUGACAACGAAUCAGAUAGUGAAAUACCAUUGGGAGACAGAGCAAGUCCAGAAGGUCUGGAAAUGCCUAAAGAUGAAGGCAGACUUAGUCCAUACGAUAACGUCCCUGAACAAGAAUCCAGAGAUAAAAAACGGAUUAAUAUGACUUUGUUUAUAUCGAAACACACCAACAUAGAUGAUAUAUUAGGUGGUUCCGGUCAACUUUGGAGUCCGGUGUCGGAUGAAAUGUUUAGAUUUAAUGAUACGUCACAAGAGUGCACCGAAAUUGAUGCUAGACAAGUCAUCAUCCAUGAACCCAGUCCUAGGAGGGGUGAAAUGCAUUCAAACAGAACGGAUAACUUUGGAGGAGUUUCGAAUGCAUAUCCAUUUAGAAAGGAAAUCCCUUGUCCGCUUCCUACGACAGAUCUAUUUCAAGAAACCUUACACCGGCACACUACGAUUCACGUAACGGAUGAGUAUGAAAUUAAAAGUGCAGGGUGCACAUUUCUGGAACAUAGGAACACAGACGUGAAGCAUUCAAAUGUAAAAUACAGUUUCUGGUCUAUUGAAUCGGCGGGUACCUUGGAACAGAUGAGCACAGAAGUACUGCAUACGGGUAAGGAGGGUACAGUGACGGAGGAGUUCCUUGUAUCUUUCAUUUUAUCUUCUUCACCGACAGCCAAGUUGUAUCUGCGGUGGCGCUGA